AAUGAUCAAUGAACUCGUGCGUCGUCAUCGCCGUGGCGCGCGCUCCACCAGCUUGGAUGUGUGCGUGCACCUAGAUAUAUGCGUACUAGAUCGGGCACAAGAUACGUGACAAUGUCGGUAGCCUUUGUGACCCGCUCACUUUGACACGAAUGUACAUAAACGUGGAUAUGUUACGAAGUAUCGCACUCCUGGAGCGCCACUGUAAGAAAACUAUAUAACAUUAAUAAUCUGGCCCGCAUUCGCUCGACGGCCGUGUUGCUCUAGAAGCCCUAUAUCUAUGCCCGAGGCAGAAGAGCGCUGCCUGGGAAUGCCGUGUACGCGCAUGCUAACGCCGCUGCGGAACGGAGACCCAUCCGUUCGCCGAAGGGUCUAAUCCGCGUUGGUGUCCGUACAGCGGCGAGGCGCGGAAGCGGCACACACCGCGUCCGCAGCGCUCCACAGAUUCAGCCGAGUCCGAGUGAAGACGCGAGGGGGACUGUCCGUGUUCGGCGAGCGGGCCGGAGAGCGUGCGAUGGGAUUCCUCCCGAGAGCUUAUGCUUACCUCGAUGGAGAGAAGAGCGGAGCGGCGCGGUGAAUAAUUAAACCUCCAUCUUCUGCGAGAGAAGGGACGGAACGGGAAGAAGAUGCAUCUCCACCAGGUGCUAACGGGAGCGGUGAACCCCGGGGACAGCUGCUACUCGGUGGGCAGCGUCAAUGACACCCCGUUCACGGCCUACGGCUCCGGCUGUGAUAUCGUCAUCCUGGCCAGCGACUUUGAGUGUGUGCAGAUCAUCCCCGGAGCUCAGCAUGGGAACAUUCAAGUGGGCUGCGUGGAGUGCUCACACCAGCUGGGGCGAAUUGCCGCAUCUUAUGGAAACACAGUGUGUAUUUUCGAGCCACUUGCUACCAACCCUAACAAAAGGCAUAGUCAGCUGAAUUAUCAGUGGCAAAAGAUGGGACAGUUUUUCCUCAAUGCCAUGACCUACAACUUAGCCUGGGAUCCGCAAGGUAACCGGAUCCUAGCAGCGACAGAACGCCUACAGCUGUGGGCGCCCCCAUCCAUUGACACCCUGGUGGAGGAGGAAGAUGGUCAGACCACAGAGGAGAAAACGCAUCCCGCCCUGAACGACUGGAAGUGUGUGUGGCAGUGCAAGACUGCAGUGUCUGUUCACAUAAUGAAGUGGUCACCAGACGGCGAGUACUUUGCCACAGCAGGGAAGGAUGACUGUCUGUUGAAAGUGUGGUAUCCGACCACGGGCUGGAAGUCUGCGGUGGUGAUCCCAGACCUGCAGGAGAAAAAGGCCCCAGCCGUGCAUUUUUCCUUCGUCUACCUGGCACAUCCCCGUGCUGUCACAGGCUUUUCCUGGAGGAAGACGAGCAAGUACAUGCCCAAGGGGUCCGUCUGCAAUGUGCUGCUCACCUCAUGUCAAGAUGGGAUUUGUCGCCUCUGGUCGGAAACAUUGCUGCCAGAGGACAGCCUCCUGGGGGGGCAAAUCUCGGAAAACAGCACCAGUUUCUCCAGCAGCCUGCCCAACCUCGGAGGCCAGAAAGACAAGAUCCAGCACGCUCUAGAGUCGAUUCACCACCUGAAACACCUGCGCCGUGGUAGAAGGAGAUCCUCCGCCCUGGUGGCCCACACAGAGCUGUUGCCCAGCCAGCUGGGGUCACAUGAAGUUCACCGACACAUCUCGCACCAUGCCAACGCGCUCUGCCACUUCCACAUCUCUGCGAGCAUCAAUCCCCACACUGACAUUCCAUCGAAUUUGGCUGGCUCAGCGUUCUCAGCCGAUGAAACCAGCGGAGGCUUUGUGGUCCAUUGGCUGAACAACAAAGACCUGAGUUUUACCAGCUCCAUGGACUUCUUCAUGCAGCAUCUCAGGAAGCUGUCAGAGCAGCAACUGGAACAGGCUACCGAAGAGCUCGAUCAGGAGGCCCAGCCAGUCAAGUUCGAUUUGGAUCUUGAUGAGAUGUCUGACAAAGGCUCUUCUGAGCACGAGGAGGGAGAGCAGGAGGGAAGCACUAAGGCCUCAUCGCCUGGAUCAAGCAGCAGUGUUCCAUUACCCACAGUGCUCCUAGAUAGGAAGAUGGAGGCGCUCACUUUGGAGUGGAAUAAGAGCCCUGACAUGCUUUUCACAAUCCACCCUGUCGAUGGCUCCUUCCUGGUGUGGCAUGUGAAGUAUCUAGACGAAUACAUUCCAGGGAUUUUCAGACAGGUCCAGGUGUCAUUUUCAUCUCGCAUUCCUGUGGCUUUUCCAACUGGGGAUGCCAACUCCCUGAGCAAGAACAUCAUGAUGUAUGCGUGCACGUUCACUGAGCCCGAGAGCAACUCUGCACUGGAGCAAAAGAGGAAAGCCAAGCGCAUACCGCAGAGCGCCUCCGUUUCGGCCGAGCUUGGGUCUACCGCAGCCUACUCGGUGGCGCCCAUCAUCGGUCCAGCCGUCAUGAUGGUGUCCAAGCACGUUGACGGUUCGCUCAACCAGUGGGUAGUGACCUUUGCCGAACGCUCAGCCUUUUCCUCGGUGCUAACCGUGACACACAAGUUCCGCUACUGCGGCCACCGCUUCCACCUGAACGACCUGGCCUGCCACACGGUGCUGCCACUGCUGCUGACCUCCUCGCACCACAAUGCCCUGCGCACACCACAGACAGACAGCACUUGGGACUCCGAGAAGGAGAAGAAUGUCUUGCAGGCUGCCGGGCCUCUCAAGGGCUUCCCCCGAAGGCAGCUGAGAAAUGCAGCCACACGCACCUUCCAUGACCCCAACGCCAUCUACAGUGAGCUGAUCCUGUGGCGCGUGGACCACAUUGGGCCGCUGUCUUGCACGGGAGGGGUGUCCGAGUUGGCUCGCAUUAACUCGCUGCACACCUCUGCCUUCUCCAAUGUGGCGUGGCUGCCCACUCUCAUUCCCAGCUCAGUCCUCGGUACAUACUGCAAUUCUGCAAGCGCUUGCUUCGUGGCUUCUGAUGGAACAAACCUGCGGCUGUACCAAGCUGUGGUAGACGCAAGGAAACUUCUGGAUGAGCUUUCAGAUCCUGAGACCUCUAGGUUGGUUGGCGAAGUGUUCAACAUUGUGAGCCAGCAGUCCACCGCCAGGCCUGGGUGUAUCAUUGAGCUUGAUGCCAUUACAAACCAGUGUGGCUCCAACACGCAGCUGCUCCACGUGUUCCAGGAGGACUUCAUCCUGGGAUACAGGCCCCAUGAUGACCCCAGUGCUUUCCCUCCUUCUAGCCUUCCCUCCUCUGAAGGAAUUGGAUGUCAUCCACCCCCUUUUUCAGAGAAGUUCUUCUUGGUGGUUAUCGAGAAAGAUGCCAACCGGGACUCCGUUCUACAAAUGUGGCACCUGCAUCUGAAGUCCGUGCAGGCGUGUGUAGAGAGCACCGGACCAGCACAGAUGUUCCAGAACCAGCUGAUGGUCCCACACCAGCUGGGCAAUGCUGAAUCGUCCCCGGAGACGUCUCCCGGGCAGAGCCCCCUGCCCCGCUCCACCUCCACGGCCAACCUGCAGUCCGCCAGCAAGCUCAUCCUCAGCUCCAAGCUGGUGUACAGCCAGCACCUGGAUCUCCCCAGCGGGGUCGAGGUCAUCCGCGCCACACCCUCAGCAGGGCAUCUUAGUUCUUCAUCCAUUUACCCAGUAUGCCUGGCUCCGUAUCUGAUCGUAACAACCUGCUCAGACAGUAGAGUGAGGUUCUGGCGCUGCUCUGUGGAGGCAGACCUGGGUGCUGAGAAUCCUGAGGAGGGCCGCACAUACCGCUGGGAGCCUUGGGCACACCUCAACGAGGAGGAGGAUAAUGACAGUGCCGUGUGCGUGCUCGGUCGACCGGUUGCUGUCAGCUGCUCCUACACAGGCCGCCUGGCCGUGUCCUUCAAGCAGCCCGUGCAGAGUAACGGUUGUGUCACCAAGGAGUUCUCCAUGCACGUGUCCAUCUACGAGUGCGAGUCCACGGGCGGCUCCGAGUGGGUGUUGGAGCAGACCAUCCACCUGGACGACUUCACCAAAGUAGGCAACGUGCUGGGCCCCAAAGUCAGCGUGGACAGCAACUUGUUCGUGUACAGCAAGGCUGACCUGUACUUGAAUAGAGAGAGCCGUCAGAGCCCCAACAUCAAGCACUUUGUCCAUCUGGACUGGCUGUCCAAGGAGGAUGGCUCCCACAUCCUGACUGUUGGCGUGGGCUCCAACAUUCUCAUGUACGGCCGCAUCUCUGGCAUCGUCAAUGAGCAGACCAGCAGCAAGGAUGGCAUGGCAGUCAUCACACUACCUCUUGGGGGGAGCAUCAAGCAAGGUAUCAAGUCCAGGUGGGUGCUGCUGCGCUCGGUGGACCUGGUGUCCUCUGUGGAUGGCACGCCCUCAUUGCCUGUGUCCUUGUCUUGGGUACGAGACGGGAUCCUCGUGGUGGGCAUGGACUGUGAAAUGCAUGUCUAUUCUCAGUGGAGGCAAGACAAGAAGCCUGGUGAAGAGGGAGACAGUCUUUCAUCCAGCGACGAAAUUUUCACGGGACCCGAGUCCCGCAGCAGGUCGAAAAGCGUUGUAGAGGGAAGCGCUGGCAUGGAUGAUGCUCUUCGGACACCUGCUGUCAUCCAGGAUGGCAGCCUCUUUGAGGCCGCCCACUCUUUGUCCCCCACGCUGCCGCAGUACCACCCAACUCAGCUCUUGGAACUGAUGGACCUAGGGAAGGUACGCAGGGCUAAGGCCAUCCUGUCCCACCUGGUGAAGUGCAUCGCUGGAGAAGUGGCGGUAGUAAGGGACGUGGAGGCUGGCGAGGGCGGGGCUAGACGUCAUCUAUCUCGGACUAUUAGCGUCAGUGGCAGCACAGCAAAGGAUACCAUCCUUGCUGGCCGGGAAGGGGGGCGCGACUACACUGAGAUCAACUCGAUUCCACCACUUCCUCUGUACGCCCUCCUCUCGGCUGACCUGGACACCUCCUACAAGAGUGGUGAGGAGACGAGUAAAGGACCUAAGGGCCCAGACGGGGAGGCACAGAAGUCUUCAGAGGACCAGUACGCGGAUCUGUUCCAGGUGCAGCCAGUAACCACUGAUGACUUUGUGAGCUUUGCAGCAGAAAAGAGAGAGAAGAAGUCUAGAGUGAUCAACCUGUCGCAGUAUGGCCCUACCUACUUUGGCCCCGAGCACGCCCAGGUGCUGUCCAGCCACCUGAUGCAUUCGAGCCUACCAGGCCUUACUCGUCUGGAGCAGAUGUUCUUAGUAGCGCUGGCAGACACCGUGGCCACCACCAGCGCUGAGGUCAGCAGCACCUCCGACAAACAGUACACUGGUGGUGAGGCAUUGGACGAGUGUGGCCUACGGUACCUGCUGGCCAUGCGUCUUCACACCUGUUUGCUGACCUCCCUGCCCCCGCUCUACAGGAUGCAGCUGCUGCACCAGGGGCUAUCCACGUGCCACUUCGCUUGGGCCUUCCACUCGGAGGCAGAGGAGGAGCUGCUGAAUAUGAUUCCGGCCAUGCAGAGGGGUGACCCGCAGUGGUCUGAACUUCGGGCCGUAGGCGUGGGCUGGUGGAUACGGAACAUCAACACCCUUCGCAGGAUGGUGGAGAAGGUUGGAAAAGCUGCCUUUCAGAGGAAUAAUGAUCCCUUGGAUGCCGCUCUUUUCUACCUCGCUAUGAAGAAGAAAGCUGUUCUGUGGGGGCUGUUCAGGUCCCAGCAUGAUGAAAAGAUGACCCAGUUCUUCAGCCAUAACUUCACAGAGGAUCGAUGGCGGAAAGCGGCCCUUAAGAACGCCUUCUCCCUACUGGGGAAGCAGCGCUUUGAGCAGUCCGCAGCUUUUUUCCUUCUCGCAGGCUCCCUUAAAGACGCUAUUGAGGUAUGCUUGGAGAAGAUGGAGGACAUUCAGCUGGCCAUGGUGGUGGCCAGGCUGUAUGAGUCAGAUUACGAGAGCUCCUCCACCUGCAAAGGCAUCCUCUACGAGAAAGUUCUCGGCUGCCAGAGGGACGGCUCCGGCUUCUCCUGCACCAAACUCCACCCAGAUCCCUUCCUGCGCAGUAUUGCCUUCUGGAUAAUGAAGGACUACACUAGAGCCCUAGACACUCUACUAGAGCAGAUACCAAAGGAAGAUGAUGAAAAUUUAGAAGUGAUGGUGAAGUCCUGCAAUCCUGUGGUCUUCAGCUUCUACAACUACCUGCGCACACACCCGCUUUUAAUCCGUCGACACUUCACCUCUCCAGAAGGCACCUUGGCCACCCUAGGACUCGCCUCUGAAAAGAGCACUGCCGAUGAAAUCAACCUCAUUGAACGGAAGCUCUUUUUCACCACAGCUAAUGCUCAUUUCAAGGUGGGAUGUCCAGUUCUGGCUCUUGAAGUCCUCUCAAAACUUCCAAAGGUCACCAAGAAGGCUGGGGCCUCCUUGAGUAAAGGUUCUUCCAUGGUCACUGUGGGAUCCUCCCAGCAACAGAAUGGCAGCAGAGCCAGCAACCUGGACUGGUCGACUCCUGCUCAAGCCACAUCGGGCCUGGCCUGGGAGAGUGGUGGUGACAUAUCUGCAGGACUGGACUGGAGCCAGCCAUCAGCUGCGCUGGAAGAUGACGGUUUGCAGCUCGACUGGGGGGAUGACAAGGAUGAAGAUGAGGAGGAGGAGGAGGAUGAUGAUGGUGGCUUGACAAUGAAGUCUGAAACUGAUGAGAAAAAAGAGAAGCAGAAAGAGCAAACGGGCCAGAAAAUGUCCAGCCUUCAGAGAGAAGACUCGGCUGGAGACUCUGAGGUGGACGUGAUUGCGGAGCAGCUGAAGUUCCGUGCCUGCCUGAAGAUCCUGAUGACAGAACUGCGUACUCUGGCUACUGGGUACGAGGUGGACGGUGGGAAGCUGCGCUUCCAGCUCUAUAACUGGCUGGAGAAGGAGAUUGGCGCCAUGCACAAGAUUUGCAACUACAAGGUUGGGGGAAAGGAGGUGACCGGCGAGCUAGACAAAUGGAAGGAGGACGAGGGCUCGGGCGAGCUGGACGAAGCUCUGGAUAGAACAGAUGCAGGGGCGUACGAGCGCCACCAGCUGGAGAGACGUCGGUUGCAAGCCAAACAGCAGCAUGCAGAGAGGCGCAAGGCCUGGCUACGCAAGAACCAGGCACUGCUGCGGGUCUUCCUCAGCUACUGCAGCCUACAUGGAGCUAAGGGAGGAGGUGUUACCUCUGUCAGGAUGGAGCUCAUAUUCCUGUUGCAGGAAUCCCAACAGGAAACCACGGUGAAGCAGCUGCAGUCCCCUCUGCCUCUGCCCACCACGCUGCCACUGCUGUCCGCCAGCAUUGCCCCCACCAAAACCGUCAUUGCCAACCCUGUCCUGCACCUCAGCAACCACAUCCAUGACAUUUUGUACACCAUCUUGCAGAUGGAGGCUCCACCGCAUCCCGAAAUUCCCGACGAUCGUGUAAGAGUUAACGCACUGCAUACCCUGGCAGCUUCCCUGUCGGCAUGCAUCUACCAGGCCCUGUGUGACAGCCACAGUUACAGCAGCCAAUCGGAAGCAAACCAAUUCACCGGGAUGGUGUACCAAGGCCUGUUGCUGAGCGAGAGACGGAGACUACGUACUGAGAGCAUCGAGGAACACGCCACGCCCACCUCCCCUCCUGCACAGUGGCCAGGCGUGUCCUCCCUCAUCAACCUGCUAUCAUCAGCGCAGGGUGAGGACCAGCCCAAGCUGAACGUGAUGCUGUGCGAGGCAGUGGUGGCUGUUUGCUUCAGCCUCCUCAUCCACGGCCUGGGAACGCUUUCUGCCAACGAGCUCUUCCGCCUGGCUGCCCACCCAUUGAACAACCGCAUGUGGGCUGCUGUGUUCGGGGGAGGGGCUAAGAUCAUCAUCAAGCCAAAGAGGCCUCCAGAGAUAGCCCCAGAUGUCUUUGAAGGCGUUGAAAAAGGAGAGACACAAGGCACUGGGAAUGAGCAGAGUUCACAAGGCCUCAGUGAGGUCACACCCGCUCGGGCCACGCCGCCCACUGACACUGAUGUUACAGUGGGAGUCGCAUCAUUGUCUAGUCUGCCCCCACCCCCAACUGAGGAUGUGGAUAAGCACCGGCGCAGGUUCAACAUGCGGAUGCUAGUCCCAGGUCGGCCUGUGAAAGAGACCCCUGCCACACCCCCACCGGUGCCAGCCGAGCGGCCCACCUACCGGGAGAAGUUCAUACCCCCUGAGCUCAGCAUGUGGGACUAUUUUGUGGCAAAACCCUUCCUGCCCCCCUCGGACAGUGGCGCCCUCUACGAUUCCGACGAAAGUGUGGCCAGCGAUGAUGAGGAUGAUGAGGAUGCUUUCUUGUCCAACACUCAAAUGACGGAGCACUCUGAUCCCAACUCGUACAGUUGGGCACUCAUCCGCUUAGUCAUGGUCAAGUUGAUUCUGCACAGUGUCAAGAGCUUCCUGCCUAUAACAGGGCUGGAUUUCACAGAUUUGCCGGUCAGCUCUCCUCUAGUAAACGCUGUCUUGAAGACCAUGGAGAAUUGGGAGCAGCUGCUCUUUGAGCGGAUGAACAAAUUCGAUGGGCCCCCACCCAACUACAUCAAUACCUACCCCACGGACCUGAGCGCAGGCGGUGGUCCGGCCAUACUGAGGCACAAGGCCAUGCUUGAGCCCGAGAACACCCCGUUCAAGACCAAGCAUCACCAGUCCUUUCCUGUGAGACGUCUGUGGCACUUCCUGGUCAAACAGGAGAUUCUCCAGGAGACUCUGAUUCGCUACAUCUUCACCAAGAAGAGGAAGCAGAGUGAGUUUUUAGAAGACCAUGUGGACCAACUCACACAAAACUGCGUAGCAGGAGGUCACAAACCCGCCAAGGUGGAGGCAGAUCUGGGCUAUCCAGGAGGCAAAGCUAAAAUCAUUCACAAGGAGUCGGAUAUUAUCAUGGCAUUUGCCAUCAAUAAGGCCAACACAAACGAAGUCGUGCUGGCCUCCACACAUGACGUGCAGGAGGUGGACGUGUCCACUCUUCUAGCCGCACAGCCCUACACCUGGAUUGGGGAGGAGUUUGACAAGGAGUCCCGCAGCUCCGAUGACCUGGACUAUCGCUCCUCACACACCAACAUUGCUCAGGCCAGUGCGCCUCCAUUCGCCCCUCCGCAGGUGCCAGCCUCCUCCUCGAUGCCAUGGCUGGGCAGCGGGCAGACCAGCACCGGGGCUAGCGUGAUUAUGAAAAGGAACUUGAACAAUGUGAAGAGAAUGACAUCCCAUCCCAUUUACCAAUACUACAUGACAGGCGCCCAGGAUGGCAGCGUGCGCAUGUUCGAGUGGAGUCGACCUCAGCAGCUGCUGUGCUUCCGACAGGCGGGCAAUGCCAGGGUGACACGCCUCUACUUCAACUCGCAGGGAAACAAGUGUGGGGUUGCAGAUGGUGAAGGGUUUCUAAGCCUUUGGCAAGUGAACCAAACAUCAUCAAAUCCCAAACCGUAUUUGAGCUGGCAGUGUCACUCCAAGACCUGCGGUGACUUUGCCUUCAUAACAUCCUCCAGUCUCAUCGCCACUGCGGGCCAGUCCAACGACAACAGAAAUGUGUGCUUGUGGGACACCCUUGUUUCACCAAGUAACACCAUGGUCCACGCCUUCCACUGUCACGAGAACGGGGCCACGGUGCUGCAGUACGCUCCCAAGCAGCAGCUCAUCAUCACUGGGGGCCGCAAGGGAUUUGUCUGCAUCUUCGACAUCCGCCAGAGGCAACUGCUGCACACGUUUCAGGCCCAUGACUCUGCAAUCAAGGCACUGUCCCUGGACUCCACCGAGGACUUCUUCGUCACGGGGUCUGCCGAAGGGAACAUGAAGGUUUGGAAGUUAACGGGUCACGGGCUGCUGCAUUCCUUCAGCACCGAGCACGCCAAGCAGUCCAUCUUCCGUAACAUUGGCGCCGGCGUCAUGCAGAUCGAGACCUGCCCAGGCAACCGCAUCUUCACCUGCGGGGCAGACGGCACUCUGAAAAUGAGGGUCCUGCCUGACCGCUACAACAUACCGGCUAGUAUAUUUGAUAUCUUGUAAAUUGUAAAAGUUUGCAGUUAAAGGAUGGGUGGGAAAAGUUUUCUGCAGUAAAUGGUAACGUUUCUUUUCCCGUGGACUGUAAUAAAGUGAAGCUUACAGUAAAUAUUUUUCUUGAAACCCAGAAGCAGAGGCUAGGUAUUAUUCUUCUAUUUUAAAGACAAAUUGCUGCAGUUAAAAAAAAAAAAAAAAAAAAAAAGGCUGAAUUUGUUCCAGAAUCUCUUAUAGAGUGUAUUAAUAGGAAAGCUAUGCAUGUACUGUAACUGUAAAAGCGGUGCAAUCACAGGUUAUUGAUAGUGCUCUGUAAAAGUACUCAAAGCAAAAAUUUUCAAGUGUGUAUCUGUAAUCAUUUUGUGCCCACAGCUUAAACUCUUAGCAUCUGUUACCAGCACUGUGGUUCUAUACUCAAGUCUGUGGUUUCCAGUGUGAAUCAAGUUGUUGGAUCUGCAUUUUAUUUAUUUAUUUAUUUGAUUGUUUGUUUUGCUGCUCAGACUGCAGAAUAAGCAACGCAGGGCCCUCGAUCCCACUUUAACCCGAGUAAUUGAAAAGGGGAGAGCACCGUUGUGUUCACAUGCUACUGCUGCUGCUGUCAUGAAAUGCCAUUUUUUUUGUGGCAGCUCAGAACUAUUACAUCAUAUACUGUAAAUGUCAUCUGCCAUUGGUUUGGAACAUACAUUUUAAAUCACUAAAUUAU